AUGUUGCCUGAAACCACAGUACUCGCCUUAAGUGGCUACUAUGCACUUACGAAGAUGGGCUGGAAGUUGCUGCUGCAUGGUGGAAAGGAUGGAUCUUGUUACGGCCAAACGGAUUUUGAUUACAUGAGACGAGGUGCAGGUUUCCGUUGGAGGACACAGAAACCCGCAUUUGACGGCCACCAAAAGGAUGAAACUCACAUGCUGCUCCAUAGCAGAAUGGCAACUAAUUUAUGUCAUCCACUAUCGUAUUACUACAGUACGGAGAACGUACGUAUUCGAAAAGCGGUACGAUUGGCUGAUGACAUGGACAGCGGAGAAAACUCAAGACAUUAUGAAUGGUGUCCCUGUUAG